AUGGUCAAGGACAUGGCCGCGCAGCUGGGGGUCCGCCAGAUGCCGGAGCUCUACUGGUACAGCCUGUUUGCUCUCCGCUACUCGCUGGCUCCGGAAUGGGAGGUCAUCGUCAAGCAGGACACACGCUUCUACGUGCACCUGCCGUCGGAUCGCAUGCAGAUUGUGCAUCCCAUGAUCAGGCCAGAGCUGAGCACGGAGAGUUAUUAUGGUUGGCGGGGCAUGGGGUCUCCAAAAGGACGCGGAGUCUGGGAGCACAUUGCCAGCCUGAAGUGUCCAGUUGUCUUCGCGCUUUUUUGGAUGGUCCAUGGGCAUUUUUUGAGGAGAUGGCACAUGUCAAGCAGCGAAGUUGUGGCACAAAGUGGAGGGUUCGGCGGUGAAAGAGCAAGCUGGUGGUUUGUCUCCAUAAUAAGGGACGCCCCCGCAAUUUUUGGGGGUGGGUUUACUGUUAAGUUAUGUUCCUCAAACCCAGGAAAGGGCGAUCUGAGCCACUUUGUGUUCCAGAGAUGUUUGUCAUUGCUGAAUCCUGCAAUCUCGAGGGGCAAGGGGCAGCAUGGCUUUCAUGAAGCAGACCAUGCAUGA